UUGACGCGUUACGGGAACGAACGAAGAUUCUUAUUACCCAUCCCAAAAUGUUUUGCUUUCACUUUCAUCUGGCCUGAAAAUUAGAUCCUGUGUCUGUUUGCCACGCACGCAUUCCUUGUACGCGCAAACUCCUUACAAACUACAAAUAAAUUUUGGCUCCUCCAUAAGAUCAAUCAACGGCAGAAUUUGUUCUUACGAUAGCAAGACCCAAUUAACACCCUCGAUAUGGUGGGGGAAUUUUUUUGAAGUUCCAAUAAAGUGCUGUUUCCGGGUCUCCAACCCACACAACAUCAAUGCUACUUGAGCUAUAGAACAACAAACAACAAUUAGUUCAUUGAGGCACAAAUCUCUAGACGAAGAGCAUUACUAAAGGAAUGAAUUUGAUUUAAGUGAAAAACAGUUCUGUUCUGUUGAGGAGAUUGAUCUUAAUUGAAGUUUGGGUUGUGGGUAAUUUCAAAUUUGUUCUGUUUAUUUUUGGUGGAUUGUUAAGAGGGAGUGUAACAAACACCAUCUGUCUAGAGGAAUUCAAAGAAUUGUAAUAAGGAAUGGGCAUUCCAGUAACAGCUAUUGUAGUUGUUCUAAUGCUUCUUGCUUACCUCGGGUUUCCACAGUUUCCUGUGAAUGACCACACAAAUACUACGAAUUUUGACCUCAAACAAUGGUUCAUCCCAAUAUUCCAUCAUGCAAGCAAGGCACAAUUUGCAUAUCAAAUUGCUUCUUUCCUGUGGAAGGGUAGACUUUUGAAGAGAUCCAUCGGAAGUGGAAGGUUUGCCUCAAUAAUUCUUAUACCAAUAGCAGUGCAAGGUUAUUCUUCAAUUUGUCAUGGUCAGUUAUGGAUGAUACUGUUUGGCAUGGAUGGAUUCCUUCUACCUGCUUACCAAAACCACAAGGCACUGAUCAUAGCAGCAAUUUUCACAGAUGAGUUGGCUUCUGUUUAUUUCUUGUACCCUGCCAUACCUUUGUCUGGACCCAUUUGUGGUACCCUUGCAGGUUUGCUAUGUUCUUAUGCACCUCAAUUAUUAGUCAGUUUUUGGGACAUGAUAUACAGUUGCGAGGAACGUCCAAUCUUGAUGAUUGUGAUGGAGGAGAGCUCUGACAUAAGACAACUGGUUUGGGAGUGUCAAUCUUGUAAUUUUAAGAAUGGAGUGUUUCUUAAUGAUUGUGAGAGCUGUGGGAGAUCUCGUGAGGCUUUUGCGUAUGAUAAUUCUGUCAUGGUUGCCUCAGAAAGCUCUUUGAUGAUCAGGACAUCUAAUCCUGAGUUUGACAGAGCAGGCUUGGUUUGGAGUUGCAUGUCUUGCAAAUCUGAGAAUGGAGUGUUUCUUCAUGUUUGUGAGAGUUGUAGGACACCCCGUGAGUAUUUUGCACGUGAUGAUUCUGUCAUGGUUAUCUCACAAAGUUCUUUGACAAGUGGAACCCAUAAUCUUGAGUUCGACAGAGCAGACUUGGUUUGGAAUUGCAUGUCAUGCACAUUUGGUAACGGAGCGUUUGUCCAUGCAUGUGAAAGGUGUGGAACAACCCGUUUGGUAAGUGACUAGAACAAAAUGCAGUUAUCAUGUUCUGUUCAUCCUAUACUUUUUCACAUCAAGGAUUGCCAAUGUCUUUGAAGGUCCCAAGUCUUUAGAUUCAACUUCACAAUUACUUUCAACAUGGUUCAUUGAACACUGUCUGUCUUUGCCGAUUCAGAUGGUGGGUAGAAAUAUCUGAAUGCUUCUUUGCAAUAAUAGAUCACGGGUAGAUAGAUUACAAGUGGGAUGGACUUUCAGCCUCUGCUUGCUUGGAAUUUGAAAUCACAGAAAUUAACUUGGAGAUUGAUGCAGACCACCGUUUCUGUGACAUGACAUAGACCAUACUGCAGGAAUUUAGGGCACCUGACAUGCCCAAUAAAAGCUGUGCCAUUGGAAUUUAUGUAUAUUAAGUAGUGCUCUGUUUGUAAGCUAAUGCAUUGUUUUCAUUUGAAUAUAAUAUGCAAUAUCAAAUUUGUUUUAUGUGUC